CCCGCGGCGGCAGCGCCUGGGCCUGAGCGGCGGCCCCGGGCCGAGGCAGCAGCGGCGGCGGCGGCCACCGGAGCGCGGGGGCCGAGCGGAGGGGCCGGAGGGAAGGCGGGGAGGGAGGCCCCGGCCGCCCUGCCCUCCGCCCUCCGCCGCCGCGCCCGCCCGCGCCCCGCUCCCCGCGCCGCCCGGCAUGGACGGCGGCGGGGGCGGCCCCGCGGGCACCGGCCUGGAUAAGAUGCUCGAGGGCUCCGCUUGCUGCCGAAGAUCCCUCCCCGCCCUGCCCGCGCCGUGAUCCCGCCGCAGCCCCGCCAGGACCCCCUUCCCCGCCGGGCUCCGAUGGAAGAGGCGCCGGGCCGGAGCCGCCCCGCCGGGAGCGAGGGCGCCCCAUGAGCCCCCCCAGAUGAGCCACGCAGCCAAGGGGGAGCCCCCCGGGGCCGGCAUGGCGCAGGAGGGGCCGCCCGCCUUCUACCCCAGCCAGGAGCUCGACCUGUCCACCAAGGUGUACAAGAGGGAGUCAGGGAGCCCCUUCUCGGUGCUGGUGGACAGCAAGGGCAGCAAGGGCCACCUCCACGAGAGGGAGGAGCAGCCGUUUUUCAGGGAGAGCAGAGCGGUAGGAGAGGUCCGGGCUGUGAAAGAAGACAGGGAAAACUCUGACGACUCUGAGGAGGAGGAGGAAGAGGAGGAAGAUGAAGUGACUUACAAAAGGGAGCAGAUUAUAGUGGAGGUAAACCUUAACAACCAAACCUUAAAUGUGUCCAAAGGGGAGAAGGGUGUCCCCUCGCAGUCCAAAGAGACUGCUGUCCUUAAGAGCAGCAGUGAGGAAGAGGAGGGUGACAGUGGGGAAGAGGCCACGGAAGACAGUAAUGAUUAUGAGGAGAAUGAGAGGCAGAAGAAAAAGGAGAAAAGAGUGGAGAAGGGUAGUGUUGGCCAGAGGAGAAGCAGGAGAGCCGCCUCUGCCGCGGCCGCCGCCGCCUCCCCGGCGCCCCGAGCCACGCGGCGCAGGAAGAGCGCGGAGCCCCCCAAGCGUAAGAAGAAAGCUGCAAAGGAGCCCAAGGCACCUGUGCAGAAAUCCAAGUGCGAAGAGAAGGAGACUCUGACCUGUGAGAAGUGCCCCAGGGUGUUUAACACACGCUGGUACCUGGAGAAGCACAUGAACGUCACCCACAGGCGCAUGCAGAUCUGCGACAAAUGUGGGAAGAAAUUUGUGCUGGAGAGUGAGCUGUCCCUCCACCAGCAAACUGACUGUGAAAAAAACAUCCAGUGCGUGUCCUGCAACAAAUCCUUCAAGAAGCUCUGGUCGCUCCACGAGCACAUCAAGAUCGUGCACGGCUACGCCGAGAAGAAAUUCUCCUGCGAGAUCUGCGAGAAGAAGUUCUACACCAUGGCCCACGUGCGCAAACACAUGGUUGCCCACACCAAGGACAUGCCCUUCACCUGCGAGACCUGCGGCAAGUCCUUCAAGCGCAGCAUGUCCCUCAAGGUGCACUCCCUGCAGCACUCGGGGGAAAAGCCCUUCCGAUGCGAGAACUGCGACGAGAGGUUCCAGUACAAGUACCAGCUGCGCUCGCACAUGAGCAUCCACAUCGGGCACAAGCAGUUCAUGUGCCAGUGGUGUGGCAAGGACUUCAACAUGAAGCAGUACUUCGACGAGCACAUGAAAACCCACACUGGAGAGAAGCCGUUCAUCUGCGAGAUCUGCGGCAAGAGCUUCACCAGCCGGCCCAACAUGAAGCGGCACCGGCGCACGCACACGGGCGAGAAGCCGUACCCGUGCGACGUGUGCGGGCAGCGCUUCCGCUUCUCCAACAUGCUCAAGGCGCACAAGGAGAAAUGUUUCCGCGUCACCAGCCCCGGCACCAGCCCCGCCGCCGGCCCGCCCGGCCCGCGCUGCUGCCCGCGCCCUGCCCGGCCCCUCCGGGCCGCGGCGCCGCCCGCCGCGCUGGCUCUGGGCCCGGCGCCGCCGCGCCCCGUGCCGCACCCGUACGGAGCCCUGGCCCUGCCGCCGCACGGGCACCACCCGCACGGGCACCACGCGCAGCACCUGCCCGUGCCCCUGCCGCACCUGCCGCCGCCGCCCGCCCUGUUCAAGAGCGAGCCGCUGAACCACCGCGGGCACGGCCACGGGCACGGCGGCGACGGCUUCCUGCGGCACCUGGACAAGGGCGGCCCCGCGCAGCCCCACUGACACCGCCUGGCAUCCAGGUUUGGGAGCUGGGGCACGGGCGGGGAGCUGGGAGGGGAUUGAGCUGCUGUGGGCACGGCCACGGGCACGGCAGUGACGGCUUCCUGCGGCACCUGGAUGAGACCGGCCCGGGACAGCUGCACUGACACCGGCUGGCAUCCAGGAUGGGAGCUGGAAUCCAGGUGUGGGAGCUGGGAUGGGAUUGGACUGGCACGGCCAUGGGCAUGGCUUCCUGCGGCACCUGGAUGAGACCAGCCCAGGACAGCUGCACUGAUGCGGGCUGGCAUCCAGGAUGGGAGCUGAGAUCCAGGUGUGGGAGCUGGGAUCCAGGUGUGGGAGCUGGGAUCCAGGUGCGGGAGCUGGGAUCCAGGUGUGGGAUCCAGGAUGGGAGCUGGGAUGGGAUCUGGGAUGGGAUUGGACUGCCAUGGCCAUGGGCACGGCUUCCUGCAGCACCCAGACAAGGCCAGCCUGGCACAGCCCCUCUGGGAUCAGGGGCUGGCACGGGACUGGGCUCUGGGAUCCCCUCUGGGGUCCAGGUUUGGGCUCUGGGAUCCCCUCUGGGUCCAGGUUUGGGCUCUGGGGUGGCACCGAGACCCUGAACCACAGCAAGGGCUUCCUGUGGCACCUGGGUGAGCCCAGCCUGGCACAGCCACACUGACACGGGCUGGGAUCAGGGACCUGGGACCCAGGUUGGGAAUCCUGGAUCUGCUCUCCUGCCACCCCAUUUCGUGCUUGGGGUCGGGGUUUGGGAUCUGGGAUGGGAUAGAGCCCCGGAACCACCACGGGCACACCUGGACAAGGCCAGGCUGGCACAGCCACACGGACACAGGGUGGGAUCCAGGAUGGGAUCUGGGAUCUGCCCUCCUGCCACCCCACACUGCGCUUGGGAUCCGGGACCCAGCUUUGGGAUCCAGUCUGGCUCUGGGAUUCAGCUCUGGGAUCUGGGAUCUCUGAUUCAUCUCUGGGAUCUGGGAUCCAUCUGUGGGAUCCAAUCUGGGUCUGGGAUCCAGGAUCCAGCUCUGGGAUCCAGUCUGGCUCUGGCAUCUGGGGUUCAGAUCUGGGAUCCAUUCUGGCUCUGUGUUCCAGCUGUGGGAUCCAUUCUGGGAUCUGGGUUCCAGCUGUGGGAUCCAGCUGUGGGAUCCAUUCUGGAUCUGGGAUCU